CAGCUGGUGGGACUCCGCACAGAGAGCCGAGGUCGAUGGGGGAAAUAACAAGCUAGGCAUCAUGAGGCUUCCUGAAACACUGCUGUGGGCGGCUUUUCUCGUACAAAAGGUGGUUGCAGAAUAUGGCAUGGCUCACUUCAGUGACGAGGAUAAAAGCAAAGGAAAAGAUUACUGCAUUUUUUUUAACUCGCAGUGGGCUCGGCUUCCUCAGGACCUAAAUAAAGCUUCCCGUCUCCAGAUCUAUGACUUGACUAGCUCCGUGCUGUGCUCUGCGUCGGAGGUGCCGGAGGGGGGCUUCCCAAACCGCAUCCCCAUGGUGCUGAGGGGAAACUGCACCUUCUACGAAAAGGUCAGACUGGCCCAGAUCAAUGGAGCCAAGGGUCUGCUCAUCGUCAGCAAAGACAGACUGACACCACCAGCAGGAAACAAAUCCCAAUAUGAAGAGAUUGACAUCCCUGUUGCACUGCUCAGUUAUGCAGAUAUGCUGGAUAUAAGCAGAAGUUUUGGUAAAGGGCAGCUGGUGGCCAUGUACGCACCCAAUGAGCCUGUGCUGGACUACAACAUGGUUAUUAUCUUUUUAAUGGCAGUUGGGACAGUGGCCAUUGGAGGAUACUGGGCUGGGAGCAGAGACAACAAAAAGCGUUACAUGAAACACAAGCGAGACGACAGUGCAGAGAAACAGGCGGAGGACAUGGUGGACGUCACUCCCAUCAUGAUUUGUGUGUUUGUGGUCAUGUGCUGCAGCAUGCUGGUGCUACUCUACUUCUACUACGACUACCUCGCAUUUUGGGUGAUCGCCAUCUUCUGCCUGGCUUCCUCUGUGGGGCUCUACAGCUGCCUUUGGCCCUUCAUACGGAGACUGCCUUUCUGUAAAUGCAGGAUCCCAGAGAACAACCUGCCGUACCUGCACAAGCGGCCUCAGGUGCGCAUGCUGCUGCUGUCUGCUUUCUGCGUCGCUGUCAGCAUCACCUGGAUGGUGUUCCGCAACGAGGACCAGUGGGCCUGGGUGUUACAGGACGCACUGGGCAUCACCUUCUGUCUGUACAUGCUCAAAACAGUCAGACUCUCCACAUUUAAGGCCUGCACUAUACUGCUGUCAGUGCUGUUUGUGUACGACGUGUUCUUUGUUUUUAUUACACCGUUCUUCACAAAGAGCGGUGAGAGCAUCAUGGUGGAGGUAGCAGCUGGUCCAUCAGACUCGUUCACACAUGAAAAGUUGCCCAUGGUGCUCAAAGUGCCCAGACUGAACUCCUCCCCUUUAGCCCUGUGUGAUCGGCCCUUCUCUCUGCUGGGUUUUGGGGACAUCUUAGUACCAGGUUUAUUAGUGGCGUACUGUCACAGAUUUGACAUCUUAAUGCAGACCUCCAGGAUCUACUUUGUGGCCUGUACCAUUGCUUAUGGCGUGGGGCUCCUGAUCACCUUCGUGGCCCUGGCUCUGAUGCAGAUGGGACAGCCCGCCUUGCUGUACCUGGUGCCUUGUACUCUGCUCACCAGCCUCACAGUGGCGCUGUUUCGCAGAGAGCUGCCCCAAUUCUGGACAGGAAAUGGAUUUGUGCCUGCCGUAGCGCUCGCCCCCAUAAACUGUACCCAGACAGCGGAGCCCACGGCAGAAGCUGACACCACCACUACCCCCACCCCCCAAGCUGAGCCCCAGUCCCCCACACAGAAAGUCCCAAACCCAGAUCCAGACCAGGACCCAAACAUGUCCCAAGACCCAAAAGAGGCGCUCCCGGAGUGCAAAGAAGACCCCAAAUCCGACUGAAGAACACUAAUCUUUUUCUUCUUAUUAUAAUUUUAAAUAUUUUAUUAUCAGUAAAUGGACACUUGUUGGUCAUUGGCGCAAAGGGAAUAAUGAAAGAGGAUUUUUGUUUUUAAUUUGCUGGUUAAAACUGUUUUCAAGGUAUUAAAAUAGACAAAAAGUUCAGUUACUACAAUGGGUUUCACUGUCUAUCCUUGUACUGUUCGAUAACAAAAGUGCAGGUUACUCAGCAGUUUAUUUACUCGUAAGUAGGUUAUAUUGAACUUAAUUUUGGUUCAAAAGGCAGCUGCGAAUCAAUAGUUCUGUUAAAUUGAUUUUAUUGAGAUUUUUGGCAAAUAAUUAUUGGUAGUCAAUCAUUACCCAAAGCAAAGGUUGUUAUAAAUAAAUGUAAAAUGACCAAACCGAUUAGGGCUUUUUAAAGAAUAGUUUGAUACCUUGAAAAUGGGUCUUCUACCUCAAAGUUAAGUUAUUUCUAUGUAGAGAACAAUCAGUUUCCCCCAAAUUAAUAUCUCAAUUUUUAUCAAAAACGUAAGUAAAAUGAAAGUGUCAUGAUAAAGUGUCUACGUUGAAUUGAAGCACAUCUUAAUCUGAUAUUAUCAAGGUGUCAGUAGUUCACUUUAUAUACCUGUACCGCAUUGUGAAAAGCAAUGCAAUAGACUAUCCCUUCAAUACAGCCAUACAAUGUUUAAAUGAAAUGACUACAAUUCUCAAAAGAAACACUAAAAGUCUACCAGUUUUUGCCUGCUAAUCUCUUUUCACGACUCUGCACUACAACAUUGACUGAAAUGGUGCUUUAACACUGAGCCAAAAUGUGUUAGUUUAAGCUUAUUACAAUGAUGUCUUUUCUUUAAUCAUUUUUUUGCAUGUUAUGUUUUUGAGUUUGCCCCCCAGUUUUUAUAAGCAGUAUGAUCUGUAUGGAGGAGGACUGUUGGCCUUUUGGUUCCUUGUUGCAAUGCCCUCCGCUAAUACUGCCAUUCUUGAUAAAAUAUGGUGAUGUUGGUGACUUUAUAUUAUAGUUCUAGGGACUUUCAAAUCCUAAAACUAUUUCUUUUGCUGGGUUUUAGAUGAUACAGAUGGGGGCAGUUCAAAUAAACAUGAAUAUUGUUAAAAUGCAAAAGUCUGGUGAACUAUUAGGUCUAGUCACCGAUGGAAAUGAUCAGGUUCAACAUUUGUGAAUUUACCUUUUGGAUAUUUCAUGGUAAUGUACAAUGUAAUCAAUAGGAAAAACUGGCUCCCCCAUCUGUUUUUUUUCCAGGCUGAUUCAGAAUACUAUUUGUUCUUUAAUUAUUACACUGAGAAGCAAUAAUUGGAAUAAUUUAUGCUCAUAGUCAUCAAUGUUUACCUAAAACACCUUGGAAAAAAAUAUCUAAGCUGAUCCAAAACACAAUUUAUUAACUUGAAAUUCCAAAAUAGUGCCCUGAUGUUGAAAAGUGAUAGUUUGCAUAGUAAUUUGAUUAAUUUAUGUUUAUUCUCACACAAGCUUACCCAAAUUUUUUUGAUGGAUUUGAAUGUUUGACAGAAAAAUACUACUCAAAUGAAUGCUACCAUGCCUCUCUUACAUGUAGAUUGUUGGAAUAGGUCAUUUUUUUCCAGUUAACUGUUAAGCACUUUUAAUUGUAUUUUCCCUUGUAGUAAGCAGAUUUUUGGCAGUAUUUUUAGCUAAAGGAUCAACAUCUCUAAACCGGUUAGAACAAUGGCAUUUUUACAACUUAAUGUUAUAAAAAAUUGUAAAGGAUGCCAGUUUUAGCGGAGGGCAAGGAGCACAUUGUCUUAAUAGAUUUGGGCCUUAAUUGUACAAAAUGAACGUUUUGAGUGCUGUAUUUCUAUUUGCUGCAUUUGUGUGAAGCAAGAACUGAUGAAACCAAUGUUAGACUAGUUUAAACAUUUGCACAAGAUUUUUUCAAUGGAUUAUUUUAAGUUGUUUAGUACUAAAAGAUAUUGUUUUAUAUUCUGUGCAUUUUGACGGAGGCCAGCAGAGCAGACACGACAAGCCGUGAACAUAAAGAACAUGUUUGAAUUUUUACUUAAAAUUUUGUUUGUCAGUUUGUUAUCACCAAGUGGUUUUUAACGCUUCUGUUAAAGAAGUAUGUAUUAUAUUACAAUAAAGGAACAUUGUAUUUAA